AUGGAUUCUCUUCUCCCUUCUCGCCUGAGCCUCAUCGAUAUGAACUCUCAGCCUCCGCCUUCGUAUUUGAGCGAGGAGAAACGAGUGUUGGAUAAAUCAAAGAGUUUACUCAACUGGUUGACGCAACGGAAUUUCGACAAGAUCAAAAAUGAGAUUGCUCGGACAAUAACAUCAUCUCCCUCCCCUUUUGUUAUCAAGUCUCUGGUGUGUUGCAUUUUGGACAUGGCAAUGGUGGACAAUGCCUAUGUGUUAUUCUCUCGCCUAUGCGUAGAGCUUUUUAACGAGAUUCCACCUUUUCGAUCAGACGAGUCAUCUCAGAUUACCACUUUUGAGAGGCUCUUCCUUUGCAAGUGCCGGCUGGAGCUUGAGCACUCAUCUCCAAACACAGAGAGACCACCACUUGUUUUUGUUGAGGAAUCAGAGUGUUGGAGAUUCAUUAAGACCGUGAGGGUUCUGGCUGAGAUUUUCAAGAAUAAUAUGGUCAACGAAACUACAAGGCAGAGUAUAGUUCAGGUGCUUAUGAAUCCCAUCACUCCACCUGAGAGGAAUACCGACGCUAUGCACUUUUUUCUGACCUCCAUUGGGAAACUCUCUGAUUUCCAGUUUUCUGAUCCAAGUUUCAAGCAGCAGCUCUUGCAAAGCUCUUGGGCUGUAGAGCUGGAGAGCAAUUACAAUGAAGAAGUCAAGCUUAGGAAAGAAGCACAAGUUGCACUUGUUAGAGAAACAGAGGAAAAUGAGUUGAUGAAACGGUUACUUGAGUCUUACAAGGAAGAACAAGGUCAACUGCAGUUGCAAGCUCAAACCUUGGAGCACAAGCACCAACAGGAGUUGCGUCUUAGGAAAGAAACGGAAUACGCGCUCGCUAUGGAACGGGAGAGGAUGGAGAAAGCAGAGCUUCAGCUGGAAACUUUUGAAAAUGAAUACGAGAAAAUGCGUUCCAAGGCUAAGGAAUUUGAGAGCAAGCACGACGUCGAGCUGAGUCUGAGGAAAGACACAGAAACUGCUCUUUGCGAAGAAAAGAAAGUGUUGGAGGAGACGAAGCAGCAGCUUGAAGCUUGCAAACCAGAACAAGAGAAGCUGAAUUCGCAGGUGAGGACUUGGCAGGACAAGUACGAGCAAGAGUCGAGCCUUAGGAAAGAGGCAGAGGAUGCUCUUUCUAGAGGAAUCCACGAGCUUGAGAUAGUCAAAGGGAUACUUGAGUCUUACGAAAGAGAAGCAGAUGCGAUGCGACAAGAGAGAGACAAUGCUCUCAAAUCGGUGCAAGAGCUGACGCUAAAGCAAACAGAAGAGCGAGAACCUCUACAAUCGUUUAUCUGCCCUAUCACACAGGCAAGCCUCUAA